AUGACCAUCACCCCCGUUACCUACAACCAGGAGCACGAGGCCGCAUCGACCUCGUCGAGUUCUGCCGAACGCAAGGCAGCGGCGGCACGGUAUCCCGCCAUGGACCUCGUCCCCGUCACCGAGUCGCAGCCCUGGGGUAGUUACCCGUGGGGUGCACAGGGUAAGCGCCCCAAGCACAAGACCAAGCCGGCUCUCAAGAAGGCCACCAGCCUCCCCGCCCAGUCCGUCGCCGCCAACGCCACUGCCAUCGCCUCCGAGCCCGUCGCCGCCAACGCCACUGCCACCGCCUCCGAGCCCGCCGCCACCCCUACUCCCCCCCGCGGCGUCUCGUUCAACAAGGUGGUGCACUACCUCGUCAUUGAGCGCCUCCCCGAGUGGGCCUCGACCGCCAAGGACGGCGAGCAGGAGGGCGACCAAGGCACCAUGUUUCUCCGUCCGGUGGGGUAUUCCGCCUACGAGCCCAGUCACAUCGACGUCGCCCGCUCGCCCGAGUUUGCCGAGCGCCAGCGCGCCGCAUCGGAUCGGCGCGCUUACAUCCACCGCCUGCAGCACUUGCAAGACCGCAAGCAGCUGGAGGACGGCGACUACCGUGGGUGUGACGAAGCGCGGAGCAACCGGAGCGUGAACAAGUGGACCUUGUCGGCCCAGGGUAACGAGGUGCGGCACUCGUUGCGCUACUGCGGCGCUUCCUACGACCCCGAUUCCGAGCCGCCGGCUUUGCAGGAGCCGGACGAGGACAGCGGGUGGGAGACGAGCUCGGACGCCUCGGACUUGGUCGGUGUCCGCCCGGCCAACGGCGCGCGGUUCGGCGACGUCUCGAACCACGAUGUGGGCGACGUGGACAAUGACACCGGGUUUGGCACGGACACGAUCGCAGGGGACGCCGCCAACGGGAGGUACGAGGAAGUCGAGCGACCGCCUCGUUUCGGGACCUUCAACUUGCUCCCGACUCGUUCGGGGCCCAUAAACUUGCCCCGGUCUCGUUGGAGCUCGAUGGACUUGCGCGAACUCGCCUCGCCAAAGCCCAACGACGCCGAUGUCAGCGCGGACUCGGUAUACUCGUUCAACUCGGAUGUCGCCGAGUUUGACUUCGCCAGCGACAGCGAGCGUGAAAGCCGCCGCGACAGCGACAGCGACGGCGAGUGGGACGGCGACCGCGGCGCCUUGCUUCGUUCGGACAAUGACGCUGUCGACGACGGCUGGGUGGACGACGGCCAGAUCAAGGGCAUGGUCGACAACUUGCUCGACAUCGGGUUCGGUGACUCGGCGGGAGACAGGCGCUCGAACUCGCCGCCAUCGAGACCGGCGAGUGUGGAUCAAGGCGUCAGCAACGACAGCGCCGUUGUCGCCGAGAGCAAUGUCGACAUGGAGGCCGGUGACACUGCGGCGGAGGAGGCCUUUGCAAGAGUGUCAAGCGAGUUCGGCGCGUCGAUCAGCGAGACGUCUGCGGGAGAGCUCGGUCAGGCGGUGAGCGCGGUCGUGGUGGCAAUCAGCCCCAGCUCUGAGUUACCCGUCGCCCUUACGACCAGCAACCUCCAGAUCCCCUUCGCUGCUCCUGGGCAUUUCGCGGGCCCUACCCCUGAUCUCGUGAGCCCCGCGUCAAGUUACCCGCCGACGCCGUCGCCGCUCUCGACCGCCGCCUCGAGGUGCCCCUCGCCGCUUCUGCCGCCCUCGUCCAUGCUCUUCGCGCCCCCACCAUCUCGCGAUGAAGUUGCUGAGCCCCCAUUCCACUCGCAGCACCCCGCCCUCCAGUGA